AGUCCAUGGUUCGGACUAUGGAGCCGUGGGUGCAGCUGAAGCAGGCUGGACUGGAGCCCAGUGGAUUGGGUCCACUCCCCAAGGCCCUAAGGGUGCCCCCGCCAGAAGGGAACCCCGGUCAGGCCCUUAUGUCUUCAGGGGCAGAACUUGGGGGUGCCAGGGAGCUGAUUCUAUGGAUCUGGGAGGAGCUGGGGAACCUGCGACGAGUGGAUGUCCAGCUGUUGGGACAGCUGUGUGACCUGGGACUGGAGAUGGGGACCUUUCGGGAAGAGCUGGUCACUAUCCUGGAAGAGGAGGAAGAGGAAGAGGAGCAGGAGGAGAAGAGCUGUGUUGAAGAGAACAAAGGGCCCGAGGAGAAGCAGGACGAAGAACGUUCCCGGAGCUCCUAUCCAGCCCAGCGCCUCCCUGACUUCGAGAUGACCAUCUGAGGUCAUUUAGCUUGACACGCAAAUGAGAUGCAAAUUCAUGCAAAGGAAAAAAACGGAGAUUGAGAAUCAAGGGUGCUCCUUCGGCAGACCCACAAAACAGUUGGAGAUCCUGGCAGGGACCUGGGUGCUGUGGGCAGGUGUGAUUGCAGAUUUGGGAGGGGCACAAAAGCCACCCGUGUGUCUGUAGAGAUGUUGCAGUGUGACCUGGAGACCAGGUGCUUGGCUGAAGUGACAGAAUCUUGGCAGACAGGUUUGAAGACCAAUUCUGCGUAGUGUGGUAGGCCCCAUGGCCGGUAAGCAAUUGAAACGUGGUGGGUUCGGACUGAGAUGAGAGGUGGACAAAGGUCAAACACCUCUGUGGUAAAACCGAUCAACAGUUUAAACAGCUCGACAACUACAGGUUGAAAUGAUAUUCUGAAUAUGUGAAAUAAAAUAUUGAUUUUA